AUGGAAGCUGUAGACCUUAGACAGGACAAUAAUAGAUGCGGCGGUGACGCGAUGUCUGUCGCGCCGGCGGUGAAGCGCGAAUUGGACCUGGAGAGCGGCGGCGGCAGCCCCGGCCGCAAGCGGCGUAAGCAAGCGGCGCCGACCCGUGCAACUCCACAGCAACUCGCGCCUCCGCCGCUCGAUCUUCACGCCAAGAUGGCUGACAUUUACAAGAGCGCGCUCGCCUUCGGGGAGCUCGCAAUACCCGCCUUUGACCCUCUCGCCGCCUUCCGUCUACUACCCCGCCAUGAACCACCCCGGAUUUUCAAUCCGGAAGCGUACUGCGAUCUUUGUUGUAAAGAGUUCUGUAAUAAAUAUUUCUUGAAGACUCACCGCGCUAACAAGCACGGUAUCUACGAUGGUACUGAGAUGCAGCCGGCACCACCGCCGCCUGCGCAGCUAUCACCGCCGCGUCGCGCCUCCGACGAGGAAUCUGGUGGUACACCACGAAGACUAUCACCUGAUUCUGCGAGAAGAGCCCGCGAAGCCGGUUUUCAGCCAGAUGCUCUACGCCGACUCGGCGUAGUAAACCCUGAGGCGUUUUGUGAAAUCUGUUGCAAAGAAUAUUGCAACAAAUACUUUCUCCGUACGCAUCGAGAACGACGACACGGUGUGCCUAUUCGACGGUCGCCGAUACAUGACCAUUCGCCACCCUCGGCUACACCUCCUGCAGGCCCAUUAGGAACGCCACUUGGAACGCCUCUAACUACGCCCUUGGCCACGCCACCAGCUCUAUCGGUGCCACCACCUGAUACGCCACCCCGAUCGCACUCAUUACCACCACCGUUAGAGCCCGAAGAAAUGGCUGAAGUCAAGCGUGAGUGUGAGGAUGAACUAGAAGCAGCGCUGCGGGACGGACAAACGAGUCCGCUAAACUUGAUCGUAGAAGAGCGUGGCGUCUCUUCGCCGGGGUCCGCAAGUGAAGAGCUGCGCAAGCUGCAGACAAUGAUUUCCCAAUUGAAUGAGUUGGCAGCUGAGCGCUUAGCAGACGAACCAAACGAUCCAGGUCCCCGGCCACCAUCCACGUCACCGCCACCUCAAGAUGAGCGCCGCGCGUCCUCCUCUGGCUCUAGCUUUUGUGAGAUCUGUAAUAAGGAACUGUGUAAUAAAUACUUCAUGCGCACGCAUAUGCAGCGAAUGCACGGUAUUUCGUUAGAGAGCGGCACGCAAUUGGGAGGCGUUACAUGCGACAUCUGCCACAAAGAGUUAUGCAGUAAAUACUUCCUUCGCGUGCACAAGCAUAACACUCAUGGCAUUCCUGCACCGCCAGCACCUGCGGCCACGGCACCCGCCGAACCGUGCCCACUGUGCGCGCGACGGUUCAGAGGUCCACGUGCGUUGCGGGCACAUUUGCUGGCUGAACAUGCACCACCGGCGCGACCACCACCUCCACCACCCCGGCCGCUCGACCUGCUAGCGAGAGAUAAGCCGUACGCUUGUUCCUAUUGUCCUUUCACCACAGACGUACUAGCAUUUCUAUUCGCGCACGAACGUGCACAUGCGCAGCAGCAAGCGAACGAGCCACCCGACCUGCCACCGGAGCCUCCGGGCAGCGGAGGGAGCAUAGGGGACAUGGAAACUAGUGACAUGGGCCCCGAGAGCCUCGAGGGGGGUGAUGGGAGUGAGAGUGACGCGACGUACUCGUGCUCACGCUGUGAGUUCCGCGCGGAGGGUUUCGCUGCGCUGGAGGCGCACCUGCGUGCGGCUCAUGGCGGGGCGGGUGCGCUGCUAGCGGUACCGCGAGCGCCGCAGGCCCCGCUCACCAUGCAGCCCUUCGUGGUGGAGGAGGCGGGCGGCGCGUUGAGCCUGGUGCCCGCGCUGGUGUUCCUGCCGGUGCGGCGUCGCGCCACACGUCGCGCUACGGUGACGUUGACGCUGACGCCGGCCUAG